GCCCGUUGAGAUGCCUUUCUCAUGAUUCAUCUGACGGAAGUCAUUCGACAGCUAGCAAAGAGGCGAGUUAGAGGUUCUGAUUCCUCACUAAUUUCUCUUCGACCAUGACACAAAGACCUCCAGCACGGCCGAUUCAUCGGCUGCUUGUUGCGAACAGAGGCGAAAUAGCAGCCCGCGUCCUCGCCACCGCACGGGAGCUCGACAUUGUCGCCAUCGCCGUCUAUACGCCCGGGGACGCCACCCACGCCGUCCACGCCUCGCAGGCCAUAGAGCUGCCGUCACCCGCGUCUUACCUGGACAUUGACCACCUGGUCCACCUGGCGAGAGAGGCCCAGGUCGACGCGGUACACCCGGGGUAUGGCUUCCUGAGCGAGUCAGCCGAGUUCGCGCGGCGCAUGUGGCAAGAGGCUCAGGUCGUGGUGGUCGGGCCUGGCUGGGCAGUGCUGGAGAGGACCGGGGACAAACUGAUGGCGAGGAGGCUGGCCGAGGAAUGCGGCGUCCCCGUCUGUCCGGCCCUGUCAACUUCGACUUCAUCGUUAGCAGAGGUGCAAGCUUUUGCCAGCAAGACGGGCUUCCCCGUCAUGAUCAAGGCCGUGGACGGUGGCGGCGGGAGAGGAAUCCGGCUCGUCCGCCGGCUGCGGGACCUCGAGCACCUGCUCCGCCGCGCAGUCCAGGAGAGCCCCUCGCGGCAGGUGUUCUGCGAGAAGGCCGCGAUCGACGGGUUCCGGCACGUCGAGGUGCAGAUCGUCGGGGACGGCUCUGGCGGCGCGGCGCACCUCUGGGAGCGGGAGUGCAGUAUCCAGAGGAAGUAUCAAAAGAUUGUCGAGCUCGCGCCGAGCACUAUAUCAGACAGGGCCUUGGUAGAUACGGUGAUUGAGUGUGCGGUCCGAAUGGCGGAAAAGACUCACUACUUCUCUCUGGGGACGUUCGAGUUCCUCGUCAACCCGGACACGCAAGAGUUCUUCUUCCUAGAGAUCAACCCGCGGCUGCAAGUCGAACACACAAUCACGGAAUCCAUCUGUGCAGUCGACAUUGUGGCGAUACAGCUCCGCAUAUCCCAAGGGGCGAGCUUGGCACAAGUCGGCCUCAGUCCUCAUGCACAAGCAAACAAGGCAGCCGUGCCCUCGUUGCAUUCAAUCCAGUUUCGCCUCACAGCCGAGAAAAUCGAGCUACCAGCUAUCACGGAUCACGAUAUCAACGGCAACGGUAACGGCAGCGGCCGCAAGGCCCAUGACGAGAACAAAGACGAAGAGACGACCACGAAUUGGACUCUGAGCAUCGGCAGGAUCCAGUCAGCGCGGUUCCCCCAGGGCAGCGGGAUCCGAGUGGACACGCACAUUGUCUCGGGCCACGACACGCUCGUCACGUCCGACUUUGACAGCGUAGUGGCCAAGAUCAUCGUCACGGCCGCGAGCUGGGAGGACGUCGUGCGCAAGGCACGGCGUGCGCUGAGGGAGACGCACAUCACGGGUGUCAAGACGAAUCUAGACGUCCUGCGGGCUAUUGCGGCGUCCGAGGAUUUCUCGCUGGGCAGAUGCGACACCACGUGGCUGGAGGUGAAUCAGGGCCGGCUCGUGGAGGAAGGGAGGCAGUUGACCCGUGCAAUGGCAGAGAAGCAGGCGGCCAUGUCGAGGAGGACCGGGACUGGAGUUGGAGGGAAUGACGGGGGCUCUGGCCAGGCCUCGGGCACCACGACGACGACAAACAUCAUCAACACCACCUUGCUGUUUCGCAAAGGCGACGCGUGGUCCAUCACGCUGCUUCCCCGGAACGACGAAGAACAAGAUGCUAACGACAAGGCCAACACCGUCACGAAUGCACCACAAGUCUCGGCGGCGCCGACACAUCACCUCGAGCUCUCUCGCGUCCUGCGCAACGAGUUCCCGGCGUCCAUAUCCGCGGACGUCGUCCUGAGCGACGCCGCAGGCGGCUCCUCCAGAGCUUACACGAUGCACGUGUCGUCGACGACCUCGAGCUCGACAGCGCUGCUGGCACAGAACCACCGCCGCGGGAACCCCAGCGACCCGGCACACGUGGUCGCGCCGUUCUCGGGGAAGCUGGUGGAGGUGCUGGUUGACGAGGGCGACGUUGUGAGCAAGGGCGACGUGGUCUGCGUCAUCCGCCAGAUGAAGAUGGAGCUGGAGGUGCGGAGCGCUCGAGCCGGGACAGUGACCUGGGUCUGUGAGGCCGAGGACGAGGAGGAGAUUGGCGAGGGUUUGUUGGUCUGCGAGCUGGCGCUGGAUGGUGACAAUGAUACCACUGGGAAACCAAAGCUUUGAUAGAGACAAAUCGAGUUCACAAACAC